AUGACGCAGGAUGUGAACGAAUUCAUGGAAAGCCUGAAGAUUUCAGAGAGUUUGAAGGAUCAACUGAGAAAAAAAGAGUAUGCUGUGGAAAACCUGAGGAGAAUAUCGAGGUACGCUGUUAUCGACAAAAACAUUUACUACAAUAUGUGCCUGUCUAUAACAGACCUAGAGGAUUGCUACGUAUCGGAGAUUGUGGAUUUGAUCGAGGAAAAGAUCGUUAUCAACGAGAACAUGCUGAACAAGUGCAUUGAACUGGCCCAAAGAAGAAAAUGCGGAGAGAAAAAGGGUGCCUUGGCGGAUUAUGUGAGAAGCGUAUCGUUUGACGACCACAAGUUGAAGGAGGCCGCUGAACAAUUCGAUAAUUUGAAAGAAUUGAUGAGCCAUGUGAGCAAAGACGAUGAAAUGGUGUUCUACGACCCGAAGAGAGUUAUUGCUGUUCUGAAGGGUCUCAACGUGAAGAGUAAAAAGAUCGAAAGGAAGGGGAUCUUAAACGAGGGGAAGCUGAGGUACUUGCACAAGGCCGGGGAGAACCCGCAGAUAUCGGAAGAGAUACUGCAAGAGCAUCUGAAGAGAACGAAUGGAGAGAUUAUCACCAGAUUUCCGCCAGAACCUAAUGGCUACCUGCACAUUGGCCAUGCAAAGGCGAUGUACUUGGACUUUAACUUCGGAAACAGAUGCAUCCUGCGAUAUGACGAUACAAAUCCAGCAAAUGAAAUGGCUGAGUACUACGAGAGCAUUCUGGAUGAUGUACGGUGGUUGGGGUAUGUGCCGUGGAAAAUAACCAGUGCAAGCGACUAUUUUGAUGAACUCAUCAAUUUUGCGAAACAGAUGAUUAAGAAUGGAAGUGCCUACGUAUGUCACUUGUCGACGGAGGAGAUCAAAGCACAGGUUCAGAGCCCCUACAGGGACAGAAGCCCAGAAGUGAACACCGCGCUCUUUGAGGAGAUGAUUUGUGGCAAAUGGAAGGAGGGCACCGCCAUUUUACGCCUUAAAAUGGACAUGGAGAGUAAAAAUAUGCUGAUGCACGAUCUCAUAGCAUACAGAAUAAUAGAAAAGGACCAUCUCAAGGCUGAUAAGAAGUACCACGUGUACCCGUCGUAUGAUUACACGCACUGCAUCAACGACUCACUUGAGGACAUCACACACAGUUUCUGCUCGCGUGAGUUCUUCAGCAGAAGAGCGUCGUACUACUGGCUGCUUGAUAAUCUGCGGGUGUAUAAGCCUGUACAAUGGGAGUUUUCAAGGCUGAACAUUUCAAAUACGGUGCUGUCCAAGCGCAAGCUGAAUGCUCUCAUCCACAAGAAAAUUGUUAUUGGUUGGGACGACCCGCGCCUAUUUACGCUACGCGGACUGAGACGGCGCGGUGUGCCGCCACAGGCGAUUAAUGCGUUUGUUGAAAAGAUAGGGAUCACGUUCAACGAUAGCAUCGUGGAUGUGCGGCUCUUUGAGAACAUUGUGCGCGAUUUUCUGAAGGACCGGCAGAUCGUAAACGUGAUCUACGAUCCAACGGAAAUGGAAAUUGAAGGUCAAGGAGUCAUUUUGAUUGACGGCGAUGAUUUUAGACAGGAAAACACGGAGGGCUUUUUGAGGCUCACGUACGGCCAGCCGGUCGGUCUCGUCAAUAAAUGUGCCGUUGAACUGAUCAAUAUCGAUAAUGGACUGCUGAAAGUGAGACAGACGGAUAAAACGUUCAAGAGCCGCAUACAUUGGCUUCAAAAGGAUCUACAGAAUGUCAAGAUUAAGGUGCGUGAGCUGUCCCAUCUCUUCAAAUCGUUCAAUCCUGAAGAAAAAGACUUUUUGGAGGAUGUCGAUCCUGAUAGCAUGCUGAUCGUUGACGGUCUGUGUGAGUCGAGAAUCAUGGAUGUCAAGGUUGGCGAUGUAGUGCAAUUCUUUAGGAAAGGGUGGUAUUGUCGAGACGAGGACGAGAAUGGGUUCAUGAUGUUCAACAAGACAGUGGGAAUGAAGAAAUAAAACGGAUGUAUCAUCGAUA